UGUUUAAACUGCUCAAAUCUGACGGGGUUGUCAGUUUCAGAAAACUUCCCAAGCAAAAGUGAUGGAGGCCGCGGCGUCCGUUAGCGCAGUUGCCAGAGAAGAAAAUCCAAAUACAGGGCCCAAUUUCGCUAGUCGUCCAUUUCACGAAAACUAUGACCCCGCUGUCGAACACGAGAAUUGGGUGUCAAGGGAUCCCGAGCCCAGUGAUGGAGAUGCAUCAUCGGACAACAAGUGUCAGCGAAGGGUCGAUGAAGAGUUGACGACGCUUAGCCCUGAAGAGAUUGAGAGUCGCUUGGACAGAACUCGUCGAGAGUUUUACAAUCGCCGGAAAAUCAUAAUUAAAAACCUGCCAUCCGAUGUUAGCAAUCAGGAGGUUCAUGAGCUGUUGCGCAACUAUGACUUGAAGUACUGCUUUGUGGACAAAUACAAGGGAACAGCUUUCAUCACACUGCUCCAUGGGGAGCAGGCACAAUGUGCCAUCAAAGAGUUCCACCAGCACAUGCUCCGGGAGAGGGAGAUCUCUGUGCAGCUGCAGCCCACCGACGCGCUGCUGUGCAUCGCCAACCUGCCCCACGCUUUCUCCCAGCAGCAGUUUGAGGAGCUGGUGAGACCCUUCGGCAACCUAGAGCGCUGCUUCCUGGUCCACAGCGCCUCCACUGGCCACUCCAAGGGCUACGGCUUUGUGGAGUACAUGAAGAAGGACUCUGCGGCUAGGGCUAAGUCUGAGCUGCUGGGGAAGCAGCUGGGCUCAAGGAUGCUGUACGUCCACUGGACUGAGGUGGGCUCCCUCACCUACCCCCUCCUGCACUCCAGGUGUCUCUGUGUGGACCGUCUGCCCCCCAGCCUGCUGACCGCCCAGGACCUCCGCAAUGCCCUGGCUGACACACACACACCCAUCUUCUGCCAGUUGGCUCAGGGCCAGGAUGACAGUUUCCGGCGGUUUGCCGUGUUGGAGUUCUCCUCGGCAGAGAUGGCUGAGCAGGUGCAGAGAGAGGCUGACGGCAGGGCGCUAGGUGGGACCCACAUCCGGGUCUCCUUCUGUGCCCCUGGACCCCCGGGACGGAGCAUGCUGGCUGCCCUCAUCGCUGCCCAGACCAUGGCCCUGAACCGAGGGAAAGGUCUCCUCCCUGAGCCCACAGCCAUGCAGAUCCUCACAGGCCUCAGUAACCCUGCCACCCUCAAGAUGCUGCUCAACCCCCUCACCCAGGGCAGGAAACAAGGUCUCCUUGGUGCUGCUCCCACCAUUCCACUGCUGGCUAACCCCGCCCUCUCUGCUGCUCUGCUCCAGCUCCUCCUCCAGAACCAGGCCCAAGUUCAACAGGCAGGACUGAUGGGGGACACCCUUCUGGCUGCUAUGCCUCUCCAGCAGGGAGUCCAUCUGCUGGGAGACCUGCCUCAAGGCGCUGUGGUUCCAUCCCUGGGCCUCCAGUCAGACCUUAUGGGGCCCAUAAACCCCCACUCUAUGGGUCGGCCCCUGGGCAGAGAGUCUCCCACCAGCUUCUCCCAGAACCCCUCCCCCACUCUCCAGGGCAUGUCCAUCUCCCACCUGGGUGGAGUGAUGGGGGCAGAGGGGCCUACAGCACCUGGGUUGUCCAUACUAGGACACCCUCCCAAUGAUGUGAAUCUUCCCCAGAACCCCUUCAAUGUCCACAGCCUGUUCCCAUCAGGCACCAACUGCAGGCCCCACCCUUACAGGAAGAGACCAGCGCUAGGCAACUCAUCCAACCAGCGCACACAGAACAUCCACUGUAACUACAGGCUGCGCUACCAGGAGUCCUACACCCCAGACUACCCCCCAAUACACCAGGAUCCUCUGGGCCAUCUGUAUGAACAGCAGGAGGCUCUGGACACUGGAGCUCUGGCAGGGUUCGGACAGCAGCGGUUUGGCCACCCCGGCUACAGUGAGCAGGCCUCCUCCCACUAUAGUAGCCCGCCCUCGUCUUCCUACUACAGCUCGGUGGCACCCGGCCCCGGCAGCCUCCCCUCCAGCCAUCUCAACAAGGCUGUGGGCAUGCCUCCGGUGAUUCACUCUAACACACACACAUCUGGUCUGGGGAUGAAGGUCAGUGUGCCUCUUUGUCAUUACUCCCGUUGGUGGUCACAAGCGUCUGAUUCCGUCUCCAGAGCCCAGCCCGGAAGGGGGCUAUGUGGGACAACACUCCCAGGGCCUUGGGGGCCACUAUGCUGACUCCUACCUGAAACGCAAGCGUAUCUUCUAAUGUAAACCAAUCAAAGCUUCUUGUAUGAGUUGCCAAUUAACAGCCAGGAUGUGGCUCAUGGCUCCAUUUCACCCCUGAGCUCCUCCAAUCAGUUUUUAGGUUUGGGCUUGGUGGUCCAGUGGUCUCUCACUUGUGUUCCUGCCAGCGAUCCCUGGAGGGCGCUGGGGGUGCAGCCUGUCGCUGAUCAGGACAUAACAAUGCGUGCCAGUGUAUGGGAGUUUGAUGAUUUCAGUGUGCUUGUAAAUUUUAAGUUUUAUCUUUUUUUUAAUGUGUUUUUUUUUCAUUCAGGAAAUCCUUUUGUUUAAAAACUGGGAGUGACCUUGUACUAUAAGAAAAUAAUUGUAAAAUCUGAUUUCAGGUCUUUUUUCUUCUGCGUAUUCUCUUCAUUGGUUGGCUGAACACUAUUUUAAUUUUAUUUUUUAAAAUCUUUUUGCAUUAGCUUUUUCUUCCUGUUGUGAUGGUGUCAACGGGUUUCUAUUUUAAAAUGUUUUGCCUCCCAAUAUUUUUGUAUAUAGUUCAUUAGUUUGUUUGAUUGGAUGGAUGGUGUUUUUCCCGCUCCUUCCUCCUACAGGGGUUAUGUACUGACUGUCUGGACAGGAUUCAGGCCUUUACUUGGAUUCACGUAGAUCUGUGUAGCAGUACUGCCUUUCUGUCUUUAGUCCUUUGGAAGAACUGUCGCCUUACCAAAAACUAGUCUGGAAUAUGCUGUUUUCAACCCUUCACUCUUCCACCCCUCCAUCUCAUUUGGGAGCCUGUUCUCUGCACUGAGUGUUUUAGUGUUGCACUUGUAGGACACAGCUGGGUCACAAUUCUCCAGGUUUGUUGAAUUUCUGUUCUCACUUUUUAUUUUUUUUCAACCUGUGCUCUGCCAAAUCGGUGUAUUCUGUGUUGACGUGAGCUCUUUGUCUGAGUUAGUAUUUGCAUCUCAACCACCAUGGCACCUGACUUGCGCUCAUUUGUUCGGAGGGGAUGGUUGCUGUGCCUUAUCCGACUUUAAUAUCUACAGAUUAUAACAGUAAGCAGGGACACCUGUGGCCCCUAUCCACUCAGAGCCUAAACAUGAAUUAACUACUGUCAUUUAUUAAUGAGCCAUGGCUAGGUUGGCUCCCAUGUAGCUGUCCCCCUCCUGUAGACCAGCAGGGGGGGCUGUUUAUCCUCAGGGGCUAAACUGAUAUUUAAUCAAGCUUGACAGUUGUAGAAUUUAUCCAGUGUACCAGUCCAGGAGAAGUUGACUUCCUAUCUGAAGUGUUACUGUGAUGGGAGUGUCCAGUGACUCUUAACGGGUGUUUACUCUGUCUGCCUCGGGAGGUUUGCAUGGAUAUUAAGCUUAUGAUUGGUCAGUGAUUGAGUUCUUAGUCUGUGAAGAAUAAUCUGGUUGACAUUUUGAUUGUGAUCACCAUUACCUCUUGACUUCUGAUGGGAACUGCAAUUACACUUGUGCCUUAACAGUUUUUCCCUGUCAUCAUCUUCCCCCUCUGAGCUUUUUGACUACAUCCCCCCCUUUGUUUUUGCCGUGUACAUACUUUAAAGCUUGAACAUUUCCUCGGAGUCCUAAACUCUUGUUUUCUCAAUCAUAUCUUUGGCUUCUGGUCUGUUUUAAGAUUGAAACUGCUGCUCAAUACUUAGUGUAUAUUUUAGUGACCAUUAUCAAGUGCAGCCACAUGGCAGAUUUCCCCAUGUUCUGUAUAGACCCAGAUGUGCUGCUGUAUGACAUGAAUACAAGAAGCUCAUCUCUUCUGUCAUCUGUACUGCCAUAUGUCUGUUUUGGAGCAAGUAAAUGUUAUUUAAUUCAUA